UUUACUAUUAUUCAAGAGUUUCGCUCGUAUAAUUAGAGUUACUCUCAUGUGGUCAUUAUGGCGGAUGUCAAAUCUGCAGGCCAAAGCUCACAAGCUGAGAAAGGUCGAAAGAGAAGCUUGUCGCCGAAUGAUUCAAUAAGAGCAAGAAAGAGGAUUAAGAUCAGUAGCUCGGAAUUGAAGAACAUGAAAAAAGAGAAAAUAAUCCACUACUGGAAGGAACAAGAUGCUGUAAUUGAUAGUUUAUUAGCUAAAUUGGAAAAUUCUUCAGCUGAGGAAGUCAUCAAACUCAAGGACUCAGAGGCUCGGUUACAGUCACAGGUACAAGAACUGACAAGACGAGAGAACGUAUUAAACAUGAGACUAGCGACCAAACAAGAGGAAGUUCGGAACAUUCUAGCUCAGCUUCAAGACCUCAAGGAAUCCCAGACUGCCGAGAGUACUAACCUUCACAGUCUUACGAUAGAUCCUGCGGUUAAUCUUCUCUUCCAGCAGAUGUCGUCAGAGCUAAAAGCUUCAAGAGAGAAACUUGAACAAGCCCAGAACGACCUCAGUGCUUGGAAAUUCACACCAGACAGUGUAACAGGAAAGAAAUUGAUGUCAAAGUGUCGUAGCCUGUUGCAGGAGAAUCAAGAUCUUGGCAAGCAGAUAUCCCAAGGAAGAGUGGCACAGCUUGAAGCAGAAAUAGCUCUACACAAGAAGCACUGCCUUGAACUGAAGGAGACUUAUGAAGAAGUGGCAGAGUAUGUCAUACAGCAAGAUGAAGAGAGUGAUAUGUUGUUAGCUACUAUUCUCCAUCAACAGCAGCAAAUCAAAGACUCCCCAAGACCCAAGAAAACAGACACAGCCUCCAAAGCUCCGCCCACAGUGACGGCCGAAGGAGACAGGGGAGGAGGAGGAGGAGGGGCUGAGAAAGCUCCGCCCAAAAUUAAUGGACCCUCUCCCUCGUCUCUGGGUGAGAACAGUGAUAGUGUAAGGAGUCAAGAGUAGGUUUAGUUGUUUGUGUUAAAGUUAAUGUUUAAAUGUUUGUCAUUUUUGGCUUUUAAUUAUUAUUAUUAUUAUCUUUAUGUUAUUAUUAUUAUUAUUUUGUAUUAUAAUUUUAGCUUUUUUCCACUUCUGUAUCUCCCCCUCUCUAUCUAUAUUUUACGUUAUUAAUAAUGAUAAUAAUAAACUUUACACGCAUACAUGCACAUUCUCUCUCUCUCUCACUACAUUUGCCCAUUCCUCCUUCACUCAGUCAAUAUGAAAAGUAAAAUGAUUAAAUCUUUGUCUACA